AAAGUGAAACAAAGCCAGCCAAUGUCCAACCUCAGUGAUAGAAGAUAGCUCUUAUGGUCUUUGUUGGACAACCCCACACUUCCACUUUCCCUCAAAUUUUGAUAAGAAAGUCUUGACAUUGAAGAGAGAGAGAGAGAGAGAACCUACAAUUCUUCUCCCUUAUUUCUAUGGAGGACUUCAACUACAACAGAUCAAGGUCUCAUGGAGGUGGACAAAUGAUGCAGAUGGAGAGGUACCAUGGAGGAGCACCACCACCAAGGCCUUAUGAUCUCAGGUCCUAUAGUGUUUCCUAUGCACAACCUCAAAUGGGUCCAAACAAGGACUUGAAUAAGAUGAAGAAAGGAAAAAGCAUGUCCAAGUCUUGGAGCUUAGCUGAUCCUGAGUUUCAAAGGAAGAAAAGGGUUGCUAGCUAUAAAAUGUAUUCUGUGGAAGGAAAGGUCAAAGGCUCCUUUAGAAAGAGCUUUAGGUGGCUUAAGGAUAGGUACUGGCAAGUGGUUUAUGGCUGGUGGUGAUUAAUUUAAGGGUUGUGACUAUGUAUUUUUUUUUUUUUUUUUACAUAUUUGAGUUUAUUAAUCAAAUUCAACUUUACAAAAUUAAUUUGUAAAGUGAAAAUUGCAUCUCAUUUAUAUAUUCUAUUUUGAUCUUAUCGUUAGUUGAUAUCAUAUUCUCUUUUUAUUUAUAAUUUGUAGGAGUAUGAGUUAUGAUAAAUUUAUUUGUAAAUUGAUAAAUUGAUGUUAAUGAUCUUCUCUA